AUGUUCAGCAUUGUCUUCUCAGUAGCCGUGUCUUCCGUGUUGGCCAAAACCAUCACGGUGGUGCUGGCCUUCCUGGCCUCAAAACCAGGGAACAGGGUGAGAAGAUGGUUGGGGAAGAGUUUGGCCAACUCCAUUAUUCUUUGUUCUUCUGGUGUCCAAAUUUUCAUUUGUGCCAUGUGGCUGGGAGUUUCUCCCCCAUUCCCUGACUCUGACCUGCACUCCCAGCCUGGAGAGAUCAUCCUUCAAUGCAACGAAGGCUCCAUCACCAUGUUUUAUGUUGUCCUUGGCUACAUGGGUUUCCUAGCUGUCGUUUGCUUCAUGGUGGCUUUCUUGGCUAGGAACCUGCCUGGGGCCUUCAACGAAGCCAAGCUGAUCACCUUUAGCAUGCUGGUCUUUUGCAGUGUCUGGAUCUCCUUUCUGCCCACCUACCUGAGCACCAAAGGAAAGUCCAUGGUGGCCGUGCAGGUCUUCUCCAUCUUGGCCUCUGGUGCUGGGCUGUUGGGUUGCAUCUUCAUCCCCAAGUGUUACAUUAUCCUCCUGAGGCCAGAUCUAAACACUAAGGAACGUCUAAUGAUAAAAGUAGGGAACUGA